AUGACAGAAGAUAGUGGCGCUAGGGUUUCCUCGGAUGUGCCCAAUGAUGCCUCACAAACAAGGCAAAGGAAGAAAAGAAAGUGGGAUCAACCUGCAGCAUCCUUGGUUUCAGCUGGUUUAGCAGUGCCUGGGGCUUUCCCAUUGGGAAAUGCGGGAUUGCUUGGUGGGAUUACAGUUCCUGGCACACCAGUGACUGGUGCUCAUCUGAUGAAUCCACUUGAGGCAAGUAGUCCUACCAUCCCUCAGGUGUAUCAGAUACCUCUGAUACCGCAACAGACUGCCACAGUCAUCCAAAAAUUAAUUCAACCAAAGAUCCAAGAUGAGUUAAUAGCACGAGAAAUUGUUAUCAACGAUGCAGAGUCUCUUGUUCGUUAUAAGCUGACAAAACGCCAAACACAGGAGGAGAUCCAAAGAUGCACUGGUGCUGUGGUGAUAACAAGGGGCAAGUAUCGUCCACCAAAUGCAUCAACUGAUGGUGAAAAGCCAUUAUAUCUUCAUAUUUCUGCAGGGGCUAAUUUAAAAGAGACAGCAGAACGGAUUUUAGCAGUUGACCGUGCAGCUGCCAUGGUUGAAGAAAUGCUGAAACAGGGUCAGAAUCCGACUAUGAGCAACGGAUUGACGGCACCGAACACUUGUGUGUAUUUGGGCUUUGACGCAGAUCCGUCAUGGAACAUUGCUGCUCGUAUACGUGGGCCAAAUGACCAGUAUAUAAAUCACAUUAUGAAUGAAACAGGAGCAACUGUGUCACUCAAAGGGCGUGGUUCAGGAAAUCUUGAGAGUGUAAAUGGCGAAGAAGGACAGCUACCAUUGCAUUUAUUCUUGUCAAGUAAUAAUUCAAAAAGUCUUGAAGAUGCUAAACUUUUGGCUGAAAAUCUUUUGGAUACAAUCAGUGUAGAGUGUGGUGUCUCCAGGGUUUCAUCAUCUAAGGUUUGUAGUGCUGUUCCACCCCCACAGCAGGUAUAUAGUGCUGUUCCACCACCGCAUAAGUUGUUGGCUGGAGUUCAGAGUUCUGGAACUGAGGUAAAAACAAUUACAAAUUUGUCGUCUCCAACUGUGGGUGCUACACCAGCUCCGGCAGUUUCCUCUGUUGGAACGCCUGUGGUCGCUACUGUCUUUUCUCAAGGGGCAAUAUCUCAACCUGGAGGGUUGUUAAACUCUGUGCAAUCUCAGGCAAACAUUGGUGGUUAUCCCCAACCUCUACCUCUAUUAUCUAAUGGAACAAGCUACAAUGGAUAUGGUGGGAUAUAUCCUCAAGUCACACCUUUGCAACAAGUUGCUCUUGCCCUUAGACAGUCAUCCCCUAUCCCUUCUACAGUUGCUCCCACAACAUCAGCGCCAAGCACUGAACCAAAGUUGAAUGUUAACUCCACUUCUAGUUCUGAACAGGAGAAACGACCUCCACAGUCACAGAGGCGGAAGUUUCAGGAGUUACCAGUUGGUCCUGCAAAAGUCCAUCAGGAACUGGAAAUGUCAAAGCCAAAUGAAAUGUUGGCAGAUUUGGGUCUGAGAAAUGUAUCAACUAUGCCAGCUCCGAAGAAAUUGGUCCAGCCAGCAUCAAAUGGAAUGCCACCACCCCUACCUAGAGCAAUGCCGCCACCUCCACCAAAAUUCACCUCAUCAGCACACGUUCUGACCAAAACAAAAUCUGAUGAUGUCCCUGAUACUUUGUUCAAGCUGAUGGAAUAUGGUGAGGAUGAUGAUGACUCUGAGGAAACUAACAAAGAAUUACCCACAAGCAAUUCUGGUGCAGUGAUAGCUCGAAAGCCUUUCUGGGCAUUAUGA